CUUGGGAACUGACGCAGGGCGAGGAAGCCAGGCAACACACGGCAAAGCAGGAGCGGAGUGAAGGCUCCAUCCGCGCGAGCUGGCCAGGCGGAGCGCCAGAGCAGCGAUGCUGCGGUUGCGCCAUCUGUCAGGAGCCUGGGUGGCGCUGGUGGUGGGAGGGGAGGAGACAGACUGAGGCGGCUUUCGCUUGAGUCUUGGGUUGAAAAAAAGAGAGGGAGGAACCGGAGCCUCGAAGCGCGAGCCCGUCUUCUCCCGGACAAGCGUUGCAGGCAGCCCACGCGCCAGACAAAGCUGCUGCCGCCGCCGCUGCCCCUCCUCCUCGGGCUUCUGGCGCCCCUCAGCUGCUGAGGCAGGGACUCUGCCGUCCACCCAUCCUCUCCUGCCGUUGUUAUUUCGGUCCUUACGUUAAUAACAGGCUUUGGGGGUUGGAGCAGGCUAAGCGAGAGCGAGCGAAGUCACCCUGGAGAGCUUUCUCGGGAGAAGGCACGCCGGCCGCCGACGCCCUCAGGACCCUGCAGAGAGCGCGAGGGGGCGUUGGCGUUGGUGUGAAGGUGGCUCUGCAGACCCAGUCCUGCUGUGUUCCAGGACCAGUCUUAAAGAAGUUCCUGAAAAAAUGUGGUGAAUAAAAGCUUGCUGAUCUACAGGGGGGGAAUUCUGGAUUUUAGAUAAUGGGCUGUGUGCAAUGUAAGGAUAAAGAAGCAACAAAACUGACAGAUGAGAGGGAUGGCAGUUUAAACCAGAGUUCAGGUUAUCGCUAUGGGACAGAUCCCACCCCACAGCACUACCCAAGUUUUGGUGUGACUUCAAUUCCAAACUACAACAAUUUUCCCACGGCCGGAGGACAAGGACUGACCGUUUUUGGUGGUGUCAACUCCUCUUCACAUACUGGCACAUUGCGUACAAGAGGAGGAACAGGUGUAACCCUUUUUGUAGCUCUAUAUGAUUAUGAGGCAAGAACAGAAGAUGACUUAAGUUUUCAUAAAGGAGAAAAAUUUCAAAUACUUAACAGCUCUGAAGGAGACUGGUGGGAAGCUCGUUCCUUGACUACAGGAGAAACUGGUUACAUUCCCAGUAAUUAUGUGGCUCCAGUUGACUCCAUCCAAGCAGAGGAAUGGUACUUUGGCAAGCUCGGACGAAAGGAUGCUGAGAGGCAGCUGCUAUCAUUUGGAAACCCACGAGGAACCUUCCUGAUUCGUGAGAGUGAAACCACCAAAGGUGCCUAUUCUUUAUCUAUUCGUGACUGGGAUGAUAUGAAAGGAGAUCAUGUCAAACAUUAUAAAAUUCGCAAACUCGACAAUGGAGGAUAUUACAUUACAACGAGGGCACAGUUUGAAACUCUUCAACAGCUUGUUCAGCAUUAUUCAGAGAGAGCUGCAGGUCUUUGUUGCCGCUUAGUAGUCCCUUGUCAUAAAGGAAUGCCAAGGCUUACUGAUCUGUCUGUCAAAACCAAAGAUGUCUGGGAAAUUCCACGAGAAUCACUACAGUUGAUCAAGAGACUGGGAAAUGGGCAGUUUGGGGAAGUAUGGAUGGGUACUUGGAAUGGGAAUACUAAAGUGGCAAUAAAAACACUGAAGCCUGGUACAAUGUCCCCAGAAUCAUUCCUGGAGGAAGCUCAGAUCAUGAAAAAGCUAAAGCAUGACAAACUAGUCCAGCUUUAUGCUGUGGUGUCUGAAGAACCUAUUUACAUUGUCACGGAGUACAUGAGUAAAGGAAGCUUGCUAGAUUUCCUAAAGGAUGGUGAAGGAAGAGCCUUGAAAUUACCAAACUUAGUAGACAUGGCAGCACAGGUCGCUGCAGGAAUGGCGUACAUUGAGCGCAUGAAUUAUAUACACAGAGACCUGCGUUCUGCAAAUAUCCUGGUGGGAAAUGGUCUAAUAUGCAAGAUCGCUGAUUUUGGAUUAGCAAGAUUAAUUGAAGAUAAUGAAUACACAGCCAGGCAAGGUGCAAAAUUCCCCAUAAAGUGGACUGCCCCAGAAGCUGCAUUGUAUGGAAGGUUUACAAUAAAAUCAGAUGUCUGGUCCUUUGGUAUAUUGCUAACAGAACUAGUAACAAAAGGAAGAGUGCCAUACCCAGGUAUGAAUAAUCGUGAAGUCCUGGAACAAGUAGAAAGGGGCUAUAGGAUGCCAUGCCCUCAGGAUUGCCCCAUCUCUCUACAUGAGCUCAUGAUCCACUGCUGGAAAAAAGACCCAGAAGAGCGCCCAACUUUUGAGUACUUGCAGGGUUUCCUUGAAGACUACUUUACUGCAACUGAACCCCAGUACCAGCCAGGUGACAACCUGUAAUUUUUCUGGUUUGUGCAGACUACAGUUAUCAGGUGUUCCAUUUGCAGCUGACAUAGGCUGACUGGCUCCUCCCAAAGCCAGUGUCUUAGAGCGUCAAAAUGUGCUGGAUCCUGACAAGAACUUCCAGAACUACCUGUCCUAAAGAUCUGAAUGUCUUCUAUGAACAGAAACAUGAACACUUGGUUUUGUUCUUAAUCAAAGACUCUGAAACUGCAUUGUUUUGAUGUUAUGUAAACUGCAAAAUCUUGGUCCCGUGUAAAUAGUAAUUCAGUGCCAAUAACUUAUCCUAGUGCUUUCCUUUUUUAAAAAAAUAAUAAUAAUGCAAAAUUAUGUGAUUUUAACUAGUCUUCUCCUGAUUCAACUAAAGUAUUAUUUUCCAAAAGUGGCCUCUUUUUGUCUACAUUUUUUCAUGUUCUAACAAAAUAAAAUCAGGACCAGUGUUCGGGGAUUUUGUUUUGUUUUUGCUUUUAUAUAUAAAAAAAAUAUGUAAAAUAUAUACAUACCUGUAUAGUCCGUGGGUGCUAUUGCAGAGGAAACUCAUUUCAGAAACGGAUUAGCCAUAAUGCUGAAGCACCCAGAAAAAAAAAGACUAAUUUCACUGGAGACAUGAAACACUGGUGAAGACUCUGAGAGCCAGUGACUGAAUCUUUGGCUUUUGCCCAGCAUGACGUUUUUUUAAUUGGAUUGCACUUUUUUUGGUUUGACUCUGUACCUGUAGGUCGUUGUAACUUUCAAUCUUUCAGAAAUCAUAUGCAGUGUUUCCAGCAACAUUUGCCCUCUGAGAGGUUAUAUUUUGUGACUAAAAUUAAAACAAACUUAUUAAAGCAAGAAAAUUCACCAAAACCCAUUUGAACUGGAAGGUUGAAACUGCAAGUACUUUCCUGUAUCAAAAUAUGUAUACUGAAAAUUUUCUGAUUUUUUAAAAAUUUAAUAAACAUUGCAACCACAUGCAAUAGUCUCAACCUCAUAGCAUUUUAGUCCUGUCCACAUGCUUACCCGUCAUCAGGCUUCAGCUAGAAUAUCUUUUGCGUGUACCAUUUCCCAUCGUAAAAUAGGUGUUUUAAAUGUCCUGUACUGCUAAUGAAAUUUCUUUCAAUAUGUCUGCAAGUGUUUCAGUGGAAUUACUAUGCACUUCUUUCAUGGGAAACAGGAGCGGGGAGGAGGGGGGAUGCACAAAAGUAUUACUUUUUCAGUUGUCUGUAUCAGCAUUGGAUUCCUUCCUUCCUUCCUUCUAACCAAAAAGGAACAAAAAAGCCCCCAUCCUUUCUAUUUCUCUUAAGUUUUUAAAAAUAAUGUUACCGUCUUAAUUGCAUUUUGUUAUUGUUUUCUUUGCAAGUUUACAUUUUUAAAAUGUUUAACUGUCUUAAUUUAGUAAUUAAAA